AUGAUGAAAAUAGCUUUACAGGUGUGUGCUAUGUCCAAUGAUGGACCUACUGACAUCCAGCCAAGAAUUAACAGUUCGAUGAUUUGUCGCCGGAAUCGUAGUUUGGAUCGUGAUACUACUGAGAAACUAACUAAAUUGACGGUUGCCAGAAAUUAUUCGCCGCUCAAAAGUUUGGAAGAGAGGAAAGCUCGAGUAAGAAAUAUGAAAAUAGCUCGAGGGCAUCAGAUGUUCAAAAACAUCGAAUCAGCGCUGAGUGAUGGUAAUGCGAAAAGGAAGGUGCUUGAGCAAGGGAAGAAGGGAGGGCAACCUAUGAAUAGACUGCAAGCCAGGAGAAUGAUACUGCAAAGUGAGUUCACCAGUUCAGAGGUACAAAAACCUCUGGGUUUCUCUGUGAUAACUGCGGAUGAACUCAUUACUCUGUUCGACCUUGCUGUUAAUGACCGUUGUUCGAUGCACGACAAAUUUGAAGCUACAAUAAAUGAUGGAAAUUUAUGCCUCAAUGAUGAAGAUUGGAAUCGCUUUGCUUGUCACGUCGCAAGUAUUGCAGUACGGGAGGUCAGAGGAUUUGCAGUAACCGCUGCCAUUAUGGCUGUCAGACAAAAGGGCUUUCGUUCAGCUUUUGCGCAAGAAAUCAAUGUUUUAAUGUCAAAUUAUGUCUUAUUUGGAGGAAAAGCUGAGCAAGGACUACCGGAACUUGUGGCACAUCUUUUGAUCGCUAAUUGGCCUCGCGAACAUGCGCGAUGUGAUCUGGAAUCAAAUGAUAUUUUAUUCUGUAUCAUUUCAUCAAUUAAGGGAUGGCUGGAAACAAUAAUUGGCGAGGCAGAUGAGAUUGAAGAGGUUGAAUCGAACUGUGCUUGUGCAUUGUAUGAGGUGUGUCGUUUCGCGCAACGAAAACUUUGGAUGAAGUGGCCAGAAUUAGUAGAUGAAUGUUAUGCUGCCGUAAGAGAUGGGAAGCACGGAAAGCAUUGUUAGAUACCAUGAUUAUGAUGCACGAGUGGACUAGUCGGCAUGCAAAAACAUUGGUUAAUGUCAGCACUCAAACUUGUAGAACUCGGGUUUAGUUUGUUUUCUCUAUGCAUUGUAAUUCGUUACCUCGAAUGGGAAAUAUUUGCAAAUUAUUCGACAGGCAGCGAUGGCAUUGAUAGCUCACUAUUGGUUGUAUUUUCAUGGAGUCACUAAUAAUUUACCUCAUAAUUUUGUACUUCUUGCUUAGAAGAAUCAAUUAAUUAUACGUGUAUGAUUCAGAAUGGGCGUAUUAUUUGAGUUUCUUACUCUCUUUUGUUCCUUACUUUCUGAUAUUUCGAUAUUACAUGACACAUACACACAGCCAUGAAGGUGAUGGAUGUGGAAACACAUUAUUUAUCUUCGGUGGUUGCCGGUAUCGCAGUCUCUAUAAGCUUUAGAAAGAAGGGCAUUAAAAUGCUUUUCUCAAUUAAAAUCGAAAUGCA